AAUGGGACCCACCCACAUCUCCGACACUUAUUCUGUCUCGCGUCCAGUUACAGCGUCUCGAGCAAAGCACAGGCACUGGCCGCACUGCACUGAACUCUAGAGAGAGAAGGAAAGAAAGAGCUUUCUCUACGGUUCAACAACGUCUGCGAGGAUCUUGUUGCCCAGAGACUGAAGCCUCGUUUGGCUUGUGUUUCAAUGUACAGCAACACUGAACGAGCUCGCAAUUCGAUUUUCAUGGCUUCGCCCUACGUCCGGGUGGCCAGGACGACUGACUCCGCAGCGUUGUUUAAGAGCUCGGCACGGCAGACUGAGGAAACUUACCUCCUGCUGCAGGCGCUCGCGCUGAGGCUCUCCCUUCAGGCUGCUUCAGCUGAUGAUCCCAAUUUCUUCGUUUUUGACUCCAAGCAAAAUGUGUCCGCCACCGAUUCUGCUGAGUCUAUGUCUCAUAGAUUCUGGGUGAAUCUCUCUUUGUCGUACCUUGAUAAGAUUCCAGAUGGGUUUUAUCUUAUCCAAGGGAUGGAUCCAUAUGCAUGGACCUUAAGUACUAAUCAGUUAGACAUCGGUCAUGUUCCGUCUUUUGAAUCAUUGACAGCCGUUGACCCCUUUGUUGAUUCAUCAAUUAGAGUAGUUCUCAUUCACAAAUCUAGAGAUCCUGUUUUGAAGGAGCUAUGUGAUAGGGUACUUGCCUUUUCCUGUGGCUGGACCAACACUGAAGAUGCGGUUGAUAAGCUUGCAAACCUUGUCUGUGAUCAGAUGGGUGGUCCAGCCUCAAGUGAAGAUGAAAGGCUUGACAAGCAGUGCGAGGAUUCCACAAGAGUUCUCAGGAACCAAAGAGGCUCUGUUGUACUUCCAAUUGGUAGCUUAUCUGUUGGCCUUUGUGUUCAUCGUGCCCUGCUGUUUAAAGUGUUGGCAGACUUAAUUAACUUACCAUGCCGAAUUUCCAGGGGAUGCAAAUAUUGUAGAAGGGAUAUUGCUUCCUCCUGUAUUGUGCAAUUUGGUAGUGACAGGGAACGUCUGGUUGAUUUAUUUCAUAGACCAGGAACUUUAAGCCGGCCCGAUUCGUCUCUCAAUAGUACAUCUUCAAUCUUAAUUUCUUCUCCGUUACGCCGUCCAAGGUUCAAGCCGGUCCACUUCAUUGAUGACUUCAGGAAGCUGGCCACUUUGUAUUUCUCUGACAGCCAGUCAGUUAAUAUCUUAUUUGAUGAUACUUCCUUAGGUUAUUCUCUUUACCGAGACGAGACAUUAAAUUCUCAAUUGACAAAAGCCCAUCAUGUGAAGAAGAACAUUGGACUCUCUUCAAUCAAUGCUAGAGAUGUGCAGAUGCCUAAAUCAUAUGAUAUUUCUGUUGGCAUCAACAACUUGAUGCCAGCAGUGGCCAAGCCUCCAGGUCUGCCAAGUCCUGUUUUGCAUAGGGGGACCAGUCAUGCUCAUCCAUUUUCGGCCUUCUCUAGUUCAAGCUAUGAUACCAAACAUAAUCUUCAUUUGGAAGCAAAUAAGUUGUUGAAAAAUAAAUCAUGUUGGGAUCAUAUAGGCGAGGAGCAUUUGAUCAGCUCAUGGAGUGAACUUGUAAUCAAGGAAGAGAUUGGCUCAGGUUCUUUUGGAACUGUUCAUCGAGCUCAUUGGCAUGGUUUGAAUGUUGCUGUUAAAUUUCUCUCGAAACAAGAUGUCGAUGCGGAGAGUUUCAAGGAAUUUUUAAGGGAGGUUGCAAUCAUGAAGCAUCUACAGCAUCCAAAUAUUGUCCACUUCAUGGGUGCAUGCACUCAGCCCCCAAAUUUGUUUAUAGUCACAGAAUAUGUAUCAAGAGGGAGUUUGGAUGAUCUUCUGCGGAUGUCUAAUGCUGAACUAAUAUUGGAUGAGAGGUGUCGCUUAAAUAUGGCUUAUGAUGUGGCAAAGGGGAUGGCCUAUCUUCAUCAGUUAAAGCCUCCUAUCGUUCAUCGGGAUUUAAAGUCUUCAAAUCUUUUAGUGGACAGUAGUUACACAAUAAAGGUCUGUGAUUUUGGCCUUUCACGUUCAAAGGCAAAGACAUUUCUCUCUACAAAAAAAGCUGCUGGGACCCCUGCGUGGUUAGCACCAGAAGUUCUCCGUAAUGAGGCAUCAAAUGAGAAAUCUGAUGUUUACAGCUUCGGAGUAAUCUUGUGGGAGCUUAUGACUCUGCAACGGCCCUGGAAAAAUUUAAGUCAAUUCCAGGUUGUUGCAGCCGUUGGUUUUAUGGGCCAAAAGCUUGAGAUCCCAUGCAAUUUAAAUCCUCAAGUUGCGGCCUUGAUUGAUGUCUGUAUGGCCAGCGAGCCCUCUAAACGCCCAUCAUUCCCUUGCAUCGUGGAAUCGUUGCAGCAAUUGAUGAACUCCAUGUCCCAACCAUAAUUCUGGAGGCCCAUGACAAAAUUAUGGUAGUUAAAGCAACACUAAGAGUGUAAAGAUAUAUGCAUAUCCCUUCCAGUUCCUGGUGAUGUUCAUAAGUAGCGGGAGUUCUUCUCAAAAAAAAAAAAAAAGUAGCAGGAGUUUGUAUUAUCCUAAUCUUUUAAGUAGGCAUGUGCUUGUACAGAUGCUCAAACUAUUAUGCUAAUUUAAAAUCUGGGAAAUCUUGAUUGAUAGAUAGA